CUUGCCGUCAGGCAUUUGCCUCUCUGUAACAACACAACAACAAUAUGUUCGCAUAUUGAAGCCCGUGCCGCGCGAAUCAGAACAAUAAAAACAAGAGAGCUAAGUUCUACACACCAUCUAUAACAAUGUCGGCUCGCGAAGGAGCUAGUACCAGUGAUACGAACAAGCCAGCGGCCCCGAAAUUGCACGAAAAGGAUGAAAAUUGCCAGGAGAAAUUUCACAAGGUGCUGACGGCAUUGCUAAAUAGGGAUUUCAAAAUCAACAACGAUGUGUAUCUGGAGAUGGUACUGUCCCAUCUAACGGGGAAAUAUAACGAGGAACACAAGAAGCUGCUGAAAUCCCCAGAGGUACUCAAAUGGCUGGAGGAUGCAUUGUGCCAAUGGGAAAGUGAAAUGGUACCUUCGAUGGAUACGGCCGCAUUCACAUUGCAAAUACUUGCAAUGAUCGUUGAGGGCGAGUGGGACUUUGUUCGCGUUCAGAAUAAAAAGAUGCUGGAUCGAUUUCACGCUUGUAUACGAACGAAUGGAAAGUUUCACCAUUCAUCAAUUAAAUUAGCUCAUGUGUCGGUUUUGAAGGCUAUCACAAAUCAUGCGGUGGGAUUGAAUUGGAUAAAAAGUUCAGAGUCCUGGAAAGUUUGUAUAGAUUAUUACAAUGGUCAGCUGCAGACGAUCUAUAUACUGAAAGAAACAUCUCUGUUUCUGCAUGAAGUUCUGGAAAAAUUUAGCUUGAUCGGAGACGAUGAUUUGGUGCGGGAAAUCGUUAGUUGCAUAUUAUCGCCUCUCUUGGAUCGUGUGUGGCAACACCCGGAACAGGAAAACACCGUUAUGGUAAAUGAUGAGAAGGCUCAGCGGGUCCUAACAUCGUUAUUGAAUUUGCUUUGUACUUUACUCCGAAAAAUACUUGAAAGUAACAAAACUAACCGAGCGGCUUAUCAUAUACUGAUAACUUUUCGCUUCGAGAGAAAUCUCUGGCGCUACGCAGACUCUAUCCAGGAUCACAGCUUCAUGACGAAAAUCUGGGAAGCACACAUCCUAGCGAAUUGUGUUCGUCUUGUCAGCAUGGACAUUCCACCGGAGGAUACAGAAGUGACCAUUCUCCCGUUCGAGAAGUAUACCAUUAAUUUCCUCAACUAUGUCAACUUCUCGAUUCGCCGAGGGAACGUACAGAAUGUUAUGCAUAUGGGUCAGUUUCAUCAUCACGCUUGGCGCCUCCUCGGUGAUCGAGCGCCAGAAGAGAUGGUGCUCAAAAAUCAGAGCAUCAAAUUUGGCGACCAGAUUCUAUUGCUGCAGCUUUUCCCCGCCAUUUACGAAAUUAAAAGUCUCACCUCGAAAGAGCCGCCGGAUUAUAUAGAAAAAUUUUGCAUGAAACUAUUCGACAUAUCGUGUGAGUUCACAGUUCGUCUGUGCUAUGCCUGCAGGGAUGUAAUGGAGGCGUACAACAUGAACGUGACGGAGCUGGCAAUCAAAUCGAUCCAGGGAAUCGUUUCCAUCCACACUCUACCUCGGUCGCGGGCGAUUAUCGCCUUCCAGGCAUUUGUUUACGUCCUGAAGGAGUUUCUGCCGAGCAUGUGCUAUCUGGAGAACCAGUGCGACUUCUCCAACACAGAUCUGAUACUGUCACGACCCAACCUGCUGGCGGCAAUCAUCACCGGACUGCACACUUUGAUUCAGAACUUUAAGUUCACUUGGAACGAGUGUAUAGAGUCCACCACGUUGGUAAACUUCAUGCUCAAUCUACUAGGCAAUCCGAAUUUGCCACCAAGGCACGUAGUUCUCGCACUCAAACUAACUCAGCUUUCGAUCGAAUACUUUCUCGCGCCAAGCCUAGCACUACUCAUGAAUGACAUCAAGGGUUCGGGGCUGGAAUUCCUCGGUCGGAUUAUUUACAAACGAUUGCACGACACCAACUGGGAAGUGCGCGACUCCGCGCUGGAGCUACUCGCGUCCAUUGUGGAAAUAUCUGAAUUCAAAUAUUCGGCAUUUCAGAGGCAUAUUUUGGAUUGCGAAAUCAUUCCAGUGGUGGAAGCGGUAGCAAAGAACGACUCUGAGCCGUAUGUGAGAGCCUCGGCGUUGCGCUGCCUUACACUGAUGGUUAAGAUCAAGGUGCUGUGGGAGAGAUCAUUGGUUGAAUUGGAUUUAAUGAAUCACCUGAUAAAAGUGUUCGACACCGAGAGCGAAGGAGUGGUCCGGCGUGAAGCGGUGAACACAAUUCGGGAAAUCUACGCCAAUCACAAGAUCAACUCGCAAUGUUUGGAUAGCGUUUUUUCGGUGUUGGCUUUUUGCGCUGUCAACGAUCUUUACUGGGAGGUCAAAAUAAAUGCGCUGCAGUUCUGGAAGAUUGUUAUGUGUCGGCAGUUCCAGCACCAGGGCAUGAUCGAUGGUACAUUUCCUGCUGUGACGUUCUCAAAGGAGCAUAAGAAGAUUAUAACGUUGACGGACAAGGAAAUUCUGCUGCGUCUGCGAAAGGUGCUAAACGAACUCUCACUGAGGGGUGGGUUGGGUGUGUUGUUGGCAUGUCUGCAUGACGACUGUGAUCUGGAAGUGGUCAAACAGGCGGUGGAAAUUAUCCGCAAGCUGAUGGCUUAUUUGGACAAGUACAACUUCAUGGAGCAUUGCAAGAGUCAGGUGGAUCCGGCAACGGGUGAACGAAUCUGCAGUAAUGUAGUGCCUGUCAUGGACACCAACUAUUCGGAACAUACGAAAACGACGAGCCCGGUGAAAUCCACCCAGCGAAACGAUGCGGAUUACAGCAGCGGGAAUGUACCUCGUUUGAUCAACCCGGAUGAAAUAAUAGAAUCGAUAGUUAAAAUGAACGACAUGAAUCUGCUCUCGGUUACCUACCAGAACAACAUGAAAAUGGCGGAAUGUUCACUGCACAACUCAUUUACAUCCGAAUCGAGAAAGCUUCACGAGGAUCUGUUCAAAAAGUGUGCCGAAGUAACGGCGGAUGAUUUUCUUGAGAAAAUAGCGAAAAUAAACUUUGACGAGCUUGUUGCCAGCAGAGAGCGAUGGUUACAAAACACCGAAAGCUUCGGCUCGUUGCUGGAUGACGUACUGUUCUCGUACUACGCCGUAGAGGUUAAUGAUGCCGAUUGCUACUAGUGAGAAGAGCGAACUCCGGAUACAAGUAUUCUACCCUGACAUACACGCUGGAAGCGAUGUGAUAGAAAGUGCUAUUUUGCAACGAUUACCCUUUGAUAACUCCCGCAAUCGAAUUGUGUAGACUGUUAGACCAGAUGCCCGUAAAAGUACGAAUAAAUGAAAGUUUAAGACUUCUCUAAGAAAA